GACAGAGGUGGGUUCUCUGCUAUUUAUUCUACAAUUGAGUAUCGAGCUUGGUUCGUCUGACGCAGACAGCGCCUCUCCGGUCAGUUCACAAGGAGUCUUCAAGGAUUUCGCUAUAAAAUGUCAAAAGAUCCAGUCCCACGCGAGCCAGAGCAGCUCCGCAAGCUGUUCAUUGGAGGUCUGAGCUUCGAGACCACAGACGAAAGCCUGCGGGCUCAUUUUGAGCAAUGGGGCAGCCUUACAGACUGUGUGGUCAUGAGAGACCCCAACACAAAGAGGUCCAGGGGGUUCGGCUUUGUUACUUACUCAUCAGUCCAGGAGGUUGAUGCUGCUAUGACUGCCCGCCCUCACAAGGUUGAUGGAAGAGUUGUUGAACCCAAACGAGCAGUUUCUCGAGAGGACUCAAACAGGCCAGGUGCCCAUGUGACCACAAAAAAGAUCUUUGUUGGAGGCAUCAAGGAAGAUACAGAGGAGUCCCACCUGCGAGACUACUUCACACAGUUUGGCAAGAUUGAGGUCAUUGAUAUCAUGACUGAUCGCAACACUGGCAAGAAGAGGGGCUUUGCCUUUGUAACCUUUGAUGACCACGACUCAGUUGACAGGAUUGUCAUCCAGAAAUACCACACAAUCAACUCUCACAACUGUGAAGUGAGGAAGGCCCUUACAAGACAAGAAAUGCAGACUACAGGCAUGGGCAUGGAAGGACGCAGCGGCGGGGGGAGUAGACCCUAUGACUUUGAUAGGGGCUUCAGUCAGGGUGGUGGGAGAAGAUACGGAGAUGGUCCCUACAAUGGCAAUGGAGGUGAUGGUGGCUAUGGAGGUGGUCCUGGGGGACCUGGUGGAUACAAUAAUGGCGGCAACCAGCGCUAUAACCAAGGCGGCUACAACCAGGGUGGUGGUGGGGGUGGUGGAGGUGGUGGUGGCUAUGGAGGAAAUGGUUAUGACAGCAAUGGCUAUGGUAACUGUGGUGGCGGAGGUGGUGGCGGAGGAGGAGGAAACUAUAAUAACAUGGGCAACUACGAACCCCAGGCCUCCAACUUUGGCCCAAUGAAGACCUAUAAUAAUAGUGGUGGCGGCGGCGGUGGUGGUAGGAACUUUGGUGGAGGUGGCGGCGGCGGCUAUGGAAAUGGCUCCAACAAUGGUGGUGGAUACGGCCGUCGAUUUUAAAAAGUGAAGUGGACUAUGUACUUAGGAGAGGAGAGCGAGGAGAGCAAGCGAAAUGACAGGGCAGCUGCAGGUUUUCCUCCUAAAUCUGCUCAGCCAAACAGUUGUGGCAGGUUACUGCUGCUGCAAGAAGAGAUGUACAAUAGCUUAAUCAUGGAGGGUCUUCAUUUAAACGUUUUGUGUUUUUUCAUCAAAUGUGUUACUGGAAAGAAAGCAUUCCAACAAGGUUUUAUGUAGAUUUUUCUUUGAGUCUGGUUUUUAUUUGUAAUUGCAACCAAUCAAGCUGAAAUAAAACAUCGUUCAGUUUUUUUUAA